AUGUGUGUUGCAUUCUGUUGUGACUUUGCCGCUGUUGUAGGAAUGCCGCUACAUGAAACAUCUGUCCUAACUUGGGCAACCAAACCUCAAUGUUUCCGAUCAAUUGAAACCACUUCCGGUAACAGUAUCUGCAUCAUAAACGGUGACAUCAGUCAACCCUUUCCUGUUUCAGUGAUGUGCGAGGUCGAAUGUGCGCAUCGGUGUUUUUCAGAUCCGAUCGAAUGUAUCGGGUUUAAUUGUCGGUAUGAUGAGCCGGUAGCGAGUUGUGAAAUUGUGCUUAGUGGAGGAGGUGAUUGGGUAGUUAGGUAUGUCAGCUGUGAUGCCCUUGUAACCGGUUGCUGUCGGUUUUAUACGCUGCGAAAAACGUGGACCAUUGUUCCAGACGUGAAUGCAAAUAACUCUUAUGAUUGUACGACAACUGACCCGUGUGGUUCUCUAUUGGAAAUAGGGAAAAAAUUUCCUCAUCCAAAUCCAAAAUUAUAUGUUCAGUGUGUUGGACAAGGGGAGAUUUUGAUAAAGUGUAAAAUUAACGCUUGCAAUAACAGUUCCUACUACAAUGUAUCAAUCAGUUCUUGUGUUUAA